AUGACAUACGAUCUUUCUCGCUUGACACAGGAUAUUCCACCGACUUCAGUUGUUGGUGUGAAAGAUGGUGUGGAAUUCGAGUCGGCGUGAGUUUUUUUGUCUGGGCCACGAUCAAACUCUGAUCUUUUUUAAAGAGAGAUCAUUUUCUGAUUACCAAGCCGGCUGUCAAAAAAAUGACACUUGCACUCAAAUUUAUAUCACAACUUAUCUAAUACUUGACAGGUUGUUUUCGUGAGAAAAAGGAAAAAAGUCCUGAGAAAAGCGGGUUUUCUGAUGCAAAAAUUAUCAGAAAAUAGUAGAGAAAAGUGGGUUAGGUUAUCAAUUUUAUUGAGGAAAAUAAUAAAUAUUAUACGAAUUAGAAAGGGUUCAACUGAAUAAAGGUAUUUUUCAAUAAAUGCAGACUUUGUCACGUCAUAACUAAUGUUCAGAGUUGGGUUAACAAGGUACCAUGUGUCAGAACCGAUUGAAAAAUUGAUAUUUUUUUUUGAAACAAGGUAUCGGUAUGAAAUUUAUCCAAAAAAUUCUAGAACUGGAGCCAAGUUGCAGGGCUCCAAAUCGGGCCGAAAAUCUACUAAAAGUAGACAUUUUUACAGUUCGUCGUCCGCCGAUCAAAAUGGAAAUGCAAUGUCGAAUUAUUUCGAUGAUUUAUCAGCUCGUCGUCGCUUCAAAAACAGCCGUUGCUCAUCUUAUGAUUCGAUUUCUGGCGAAAUUUUGAUCUCCGAUUUUUUGGCGUCCGAUGAAUUGGACAAAUUGAGCAGUGCGUUGAGUGAGGUAAAUUAUUUUUUUUCGAUUUUCAUCAAUCAUUGUUUUUUUGUUUGAAACAAAUUGUAAUUGUAAUACUCUGACCUAGAUAUUUAUUUUUUGGUAUUACGUAACAUACUGUGUAAUAGGUAUAGAAGAAAAUAAUUAUUUUCGAAAAAAAAUUGGAGAUGGGAAUUAUUAUGACUCAAUCAGUUUUUGAACACGAUUUUUUACACAGCUGAUAAAAUUUUGAGAAGAAAAUAAUUUGAUGUUUCAAAUUUUCACGUGAUUCAGACAUGAUUCUCAUUUUUGACCACCCUGAUUUGAAAAAAGAGAACAAAGUCCAACUUUUUCCAACUUGAUGACAUGGAAAUUCGUAAUAAAGUGUAAUUCUGGCUCAUUUUGAAGCUCAUCCCAAGCCCUACAACAGCCUAAGCCUAACCUAGUGUUAUUUAGUCUCAUUUUCAAGCCAAUCAAUUUUCCAAAUUUCAAAAACUAGUCUCCUUAUUUUAUUUAUUUUUACCCCUUCAAAACACCCCUGUUUUUUCUUCGUUAUCAAUUUGACAAAUGAUAUUGUUGUUUGUUUUCCUCCCUAUUUUUUCCUUUUUUUUAUACAAGCACAAAAAUGAUAAAUCGAUUAGAUUUUUCGACUUUUAUCGAAGUUUGCAAAUCCACUCUCGCCUAUUAUUUAGUAGAUCCAAAUAUUGCAAUAAGAAAGGUUUUUAGAUAAGGAAAACUGAUUUGAAAAUCUGAAAAUUUGCAGGUUUCAUCAUCAAAUGAAAAUGUUGGAAGUAGCAGCACUUCAUUGUUCUACGAUCUUUUUCAAGCACAAUUGGCACUUUGGACAUGCGCUUUUUCGUUGUUAUAUUCAUAUGCUUGGAUGCAGCACAGAAAGAAAUUUUUGAUCAGUAUUGUGAGUAUUUUUAAGGAUUCAAAAUAUCAAAAAAGAAAAAAAAAUUUCUGAAAAAAUCCCGAAAAAAUACGUUUCAAAUUUUUUAUUUGAAAAUUUUCUUUUUGAAUUAGCAUCAGUAUUUACUGCUUCAAAAAUUACAAAACCAAUGAAAAUUCAUCGCAAUAACUUCUAUCUCCGAAAAACCCAUCAUUUUUGCAGUUUGUCGUAGUGCCUGUGACAUUUUCAAUGACUUGUGUUAUGUCAUGGCUUCUUGGUUUAAUUGUAAUUGUUGGACGAAUGUUUUCAACACCAGUUGAUUAUCAACAAUAUUUGGAUUUGUCACGACACGGUGGAUUGGAUUUUGGAGGUUCGUUGGCUAAACUUUUCGAAUUCUUUAAAAAAAAAGAAUUCCGGAUUUUUUAAAACCAAAUCUGAACGUCAAAAAAUAUCGAAGUUGCAUUAUUUUUCAGAUCGCGGAUUUAUUCGCGAAGCAUUCCGUAAUCGCAGUUAUUCCGGAGCUUCUUCAAUUUCUUGUCAAGGAAUCGAAGAUUAUUCAGGACAAACAUCUUCAUCGCUCCCAAAACCACUUUGUAGAAGACACAGUAAUUCCUAUACGUUAGUUUUUUAGAGCUAAAAAUGGAACCGGUUUGAAAUUUUCUAAUUAAAAAAAUAUAUAGAAUCAAAGUGAAGACGUGAGCCAAGAGAUUGAAAUUCCCAAACAAUUUUGACUCAAAACAUGUCUCUUUUCGAAUUUUUCUUGAAAAAUUAUUUUUUUGCGGAGUUUCGAAUCCUACACAGUUUUUCAAAAAAAAAUUGAGUUUAUCGAUUUUCCCAAUACAAUUUGAUGAUGAAUUUAUUUUUCAACUGCUUCCAAAAAUACCAAAAAUAAAUGAUCUACUGAAAAACAACCGAUUUUUGUUGCAGAUCACUUUGCCAAAGUCGCCCACCAUCUGUGAAUCGAAAAUUAUCGUAUUGUUAUUCACACAAAGGCGAAGAAUGA